UGGCCUGCGAAUAUCUUCAUAAUCUAAAAAUAUAGAUUAUGGCAUAAAAUUGGUCAUCGAUGUGAUCUCAUGUUGAGGGGGGCCGAUCCAUUGCAAAUCACACAAUCAAGCUACCUUAACUACCCAAAAAUUCUCACCCAUUUCCUUAGCCUAGCUUCAGCUUCUUAUCACUUUUUUCCCCCAAUGUCGACAAGACAAGAACAAAUUCAAUUAUAAAAAGCAAUAUUUUAUCCCCAGUCUUAACUAGUACUUAACGAACUUUACUUGCGUAAAGAGCUUUAAACGCGUUCAGAAAUCAGAAAACGAAAAUGAAAAUUAUUUAUCUGCUAGUUGUCAUUUGGGCAUCAGCAAAUGCGGUUCAAAGUCAUUUGGCCAUAGCCCACAGUGAUGAUCCCAUACCGGAACAUAAUAACGCCGGUCUCUGGAGUGUCCUGUAUGCCAAGUUAAAUGUGCUGUUAAACGAGACAUCGGUAUUGAGAGAAAAUAUUGCAGAGCUAAGGCAAAAGCAGCAUGAUCAGGAAACCAAUGUGGCUACGAUGGUGCAGAGCUUUAAACAGGAAGCGAAUAAGUUCAUAGAAAACAGCAUAACGAAACUCAGAGAAAGACAUUCCGUGGAUGAAUCUCGUAUUCUACGUCUCGUUGAUAAUGUUUCUUCGGAGUCUAAAGAAUUCCUCCAAGCGGGUCUCAUGGAAUUGCAAAAAAGACAAGAUCAGCAAGAGGAGAAUAUUGGUAAUCUCAUUGAAACGGUAACCCUGAAAGUCCAAAAAUCUAUGGAAGAAAAUUUGCGAGGGCUGGAAAAAAGGUUUGAUGACCAGGAGAUGCUGGUUAAAAAUAUUGUGGAAGCCGUUACAAUGAAUACCAAGAAAUACAUGGAAGAAAUCAAGGAGGAAUUGGGGAAAAGACAAGAACUGGGAGUGGAUCGCUUUGUGCAGCUCAUUGAGAAUAUCUCCGCAAAUACCAAAGAUUUGCUGGAAUCGGGCUUUUCGGACCUAAAAAAUAGACAAGACGAUCAAGAGGAGAAGCUUGCCAGCAUAAUGCAGGAAGUCAAAAUACAAACCCAACAAUCGAUGGCAGCCAACAUGGCAGAGCUAGAAAAGAGACUUGAUAAUCAGGAUGUCCAGGUGGCCAAUUUAAUCGAUUCGCUAAGAAAAGAUUCUCAAAAAUACACGGAAGGUGGCUUUGAGGAAAUACGACAAAGAAUCCAGGAUCAAGAAGGCCGCGUGGUGCUGACUCUCCAAAAUGCCACAGAAGAGGCCCAGAAAUUGAUGGAUGCCAGCCUGGAGGGGGUUAAACAGAGAUUCAAUAAGCUGGAGGAGAGCCAAAAUACCCAACAUGACCUGUCGCUGCAAAUUCUCGAGUAUACCACCCCCAAGCCUUACUCGUUUAAAGAAACCGCCGACAUAAUCUCCCUCAAUCAACAUCGUGAAUGGAUGACAAUUUCGCGACGUCUGGAUGGUUCGGUAGCCUUCGAUUUGGGUUGGGAAGAUUACAAAACCGGUUUUGGCAAUCCAAAUGGUGAAUUUUUCUUGGGCCUGGAAAAGCUGCAUGCCCUUACCACCUAUGGGGCGACCCAAGAAUUGUUGGUCGUACUCAAAGAUCAUCAGAAUCAAACACGUUAUGCCAAAUAUGAUAUUUUCCGGGUGGGCAGUGAGCUGGAAAACUACGCCAUUUUGGAGUUGGGCUAUUAUAGCGGAGAUGCUGGUGAUUCGUUGCGCUAUCAUGCCGGGGCCUCAUUUGUUACCAAAGAUAAUAACAAUGGUGGUAAUUUCCCAGCAGAACGUGGUGGCGGCUGGUGGCGUUCCGUGCAAUCAAUGUGUGAUCUACAUUCGUACUAUGAGCCGGUGGACAAUGUUUAUGGCAUUUUCUGGGGCACAUGGAAUGGCUGGAAAUACACUCUGAAAUCGGCAGAGAUGAUGAUACGAUCCAAGGCAUAAAAUUUGUU